CUGCUGGCCUUCACAUUUCAGACAUAGUUCAGGCUGUAGUGUAAAACAUUCCUGCAUGCUUACAGAUAGAUAGCAUUGUGUCACAGCUGCCUUUUGGAGGUCACAUUUUAGGACCGUGUGUUUGUGUGAGGAUUAAGAGUUAAUGCAUGGGACAGUGUGUUUUAGUUGUGUCUCUAGUAGUCGAUUAUUGUGUUGCUCGAAGCUUCGUUUAGAAAGGGAAAUAGUGUUGUUACCCCCACCCCCUUUUGCAGGACCCCUGGCGGGUCUCGAAUCCCGGUUUGAGGACCGUCAUCCUACUCUGCAGGCUUCCAUGCUGCUAUUGUGUUCAAUUAGGAGCCGGCUCUUCUCAAACUUAAAGGUACCCGCGCUGAGAUAUUUACGAGCGGUCGCGAUGUGAAAUGUGCGAGUGUUGUAGCGGCGCUCGUCCUCGCUGCUGUUAGUCCCGGACACCUCCGCUCCUUCGGCGGUCGCAUGCUGUGUUGCGGUCCCAGUCGAGGAGGAAGCACGUAGAGCACUAAAAGGAAGGGAAAAAGGAAGGAAGUGGGCUCCUCGCUUUGGAUCAAGCCAGCGGAUCUUCGCCCCGCCGCUGUAGCGAGGAAAAGGACCAUGGAUCUCAGUAAAAUUGCUGUCAGCAUCAAUAAGGCCAUCAACACACAGGAGGUCGCUGUCAAAGAGAAGCAUGCAAGGACCUGCAUUUUGGGGACUCAUCAUGAGAAAGGCGCCCACACUUUCUGGGCAGCGGUCAACCGACUUCCUCUCUCCAGCAACGCGGUGCUCUGCUGGAAGUUCUGCCAUGUCUUCCACAAGCUCCUGCGAGACGGACAUCCAAACGUGAUAAAGGACUCAAUUAGGAAUAAGGCUGAUUUGACUGAUAUGAGCAGGAUGUGGAGUCACUUGAGUGAAGGCUAUGGGAAGCUCUGCAGCAUCUACCUCAAACUGCUCAUCACCAAAAUGGAGUUUCACAUCAAAAACCCUCGGUUCCCUGGCAACCUGCAGAUGUCAAACAGACAGCUUGAAGAGGCAGGAGAGAAUGACGUCAACAACUUCUUUCAGUUAACCGUGGAGAUGUUUGAUUACCUGGAGUGUGAACUCAAUCUCUUCCUUGGCGUGUUCAGCUCACUGGAUAUGUCUCGGUCUGUGUCAGUGACGGCGGCAGGCCAGUGUCGUCUGGCCCCGCUCAUCCAAGUCAUCCUGGACUGCAGUCACCUGUAUGACUACACAGUCAAGCUGCUCUUUAAACUACAUUCAUGCCUUCCAGCAGACACUCUCCAAGGCCACAGAGAUCGCUUCCACGAACAGUUUAAGAAGUUGAAGAGUUUGUUUUAUCGCUCCAGUAACUUGCAGUACUUCAAGAGGUUGAUUCAGAUUCCACAGUUGCCUGAGAAUCCACCAAACUUCCUACGUGCGUCCGCCUUAUCGGAGCACAUCAGCCCCGUGGUUGUGAUCCCAGCUGAGUCGUCUUCCCCAGAGUCGGAACAUCUGGUGGAAACUGAGGACCUAGUGGACACAGACAUCCCGGUCCUGCCGGCUCCUUUGGAGACAAAAUUUGACGACCUAUUUGGCACUUCUGCUGCAAUCGACCCCUUCAACUUCAACAAUCAGAAUGGGAUGCGCAAGGAUGAUAAAGACCGACUGAUUGAGCAGCUGACCAGGGAAAUCCAAGUCCUUAAAGAUGAGUUGGAAUCAUUCCGACUGGAGAGUGGACGAUUAUGUCAGGCACUGAGGGGGCGUGUCAGUGAGCUGGAGGCGGAGCUAGCAGAGCAGAGCCACCUGAGGCUACAGGCAGCAGGGGAGAGCGAGUUCCUGAGGGCCGAGCUUGAUGACCUGAGGAGGGUCAGAGAGGACACGGAAAAAGAGCAGCGGAGUCUGACAGAGAUCGAAAAAAAAGCCCAGGCCAAUGAGCAGCGCUACACCAAACUGAAGGAGAAGUACACCGAGCUGGUGCAAAGUCACGCUGACCUGCUGAGGAAGAAUGCAGAGGUGACCCGGCAGAUGACCGUGGCUCGGGCAGCUCAGGAUGAAGUGGAUGCAGUGAGGAAAGAGAUGCAGGACAAGGUGAAGGCCGCCCAGGAGGCCGCAGGCAGACAGGAACGAGAGCAGAGGGAGCACGUUGAGGAGAUGCACAGAGAACUGAUGUCUAGCAGGGCGGAGCUAGACUCCAUCAAGACCAUCAUGGCCUCAUCACAACAGUCAAGUGAGGCUCUCAGCACACAGUUAGCUGCCCUGGAAUCGGAGAAAGCAGCACUCGUCGAGUCCUUGUCCAAAGCAGAGACAGAGCUGGCUGUCCGGGGGGAGGAGCUUGAGCGAGUCCAAACCUCAUUGGCCAGUGAGAGAGAGAGCGGCGUGAAGACAGCAGAAGCCCUGCAAAAUCAGCUCAAUGACAAGGAGAGCAGGGAACAGGCGUUAGAGAGCCAGCUGGUAGCGGCCCGCUGGAGCAGUCUGCAGGGAGCUGUGGAAGAUGCAGAGAGGAUCAUCCAAGACUCACUCGCCCAAAUCGAUGACCCGGCACACAUCGGCUGCACCAGCUCAGCAGACUACUUGGCAUCCAGAUGUCAAGCCUCUUUAGACUUUGUGGACCAGCUCCAUACUGCCAGAGACGCCUUCUUGGCUGACGACACAGGUGUGUCUCAGUUGAUUAAAGUGGUGACCCAAUGUGGACACCUUGUGGGCGACACCAUUGUUCAGGGCAGUGCCACCUCUCACAUGGUGCCUGUGGAGCAGGCUGACGCUCUGUCAGAGAGUGUGAAGUCGUGUGGCGCCGAGGCGCUGGUUCUGCUGGGCCACAUGAAGACGAAGGAGAGCCUGACGACAGCAGACAACUGCAAGCUGAAGGCCGCUCUCCAAACCAUCCUGUCUUCCGCAGAGAAACUGCGUCCUCGGGGUUUGGAGCUGCAGCAAGGGGAGCUGGGCGAUCUCGUGGAGCAGGAAAUGGCAGCCACCUCUGCAGCUGUGGAAUCCGCUGCUGCCAGGAUAGAGGAAAUGCUCAACAAGUCUCGAGCAGUUGAUACAGGCAUCAAGAUGGAGGUCAAUGAAAGGAUCUUAGCUUCGUGCACAGACCUGAUGACGGCCAUCAAGGCACUUGUUCUGUCCUCCAAAGAUCUGCAGAGGGACAUUGUGGAGAGUGGGAGGGGGGCAGCAUCCACGAAGGAAUUUUAUGCCAAGAAUUCUCGCUGGACAGAGGGCCUGAUUUCUGCCUCCAAGGCAGUCGGCUGGGGUGCAACGGUCAUGGUAGAUGCGGCUGAUCUGGUGGUGCAGGGCAAAGGGAAGUUUGAGGAGUUGAUGGUAUGUUCCCAUGAAAUUGCUGCCAGCACAGCACAACUUGUUGCUGCUUCCAAGGUGAAAGCAGACAAAGACAGUGCCAACUUGCAUCGCCUGCAGCAAGCGUCCCGAGGCGUCACCCAGGCGACUGCCGCUGUGGUGGCCUCCACCAAGUCUGGGAAGUCCCAGAUUGAAGACAAAGAUACCAUGGACUUCUCCAGCAUGACGCUCACACAGAUCAAACGACAAGAGAUGGACGCCCAGGUCCUGGUGCUGGAGCUGGAAACACGUCUGCAGAAGGAGCGGGAGCGUCUCGGAGAGCUAAGGAAGAAACACUAUGAGCUGGCCGGGGUAGCAGAGGGCUGGGGGGAGGACGAGGAAGGUUCAGGUUGAUCGCACCCCCAACACGGCCUUCUACCUGAAGAAAAGUCUUUCUUUUUUAUUUAUGCACUCUUCCCCCUUCUUUCUUGUCGUGCUUGUUUUCUCCUCUUCCAUUUGUUUGUUCAUCGAGCCAAAUGAAACGGUGCUUGUUCUCAACCUGCUUCUUCAACCCACGUGUGGGAGCUUCCGUGCGGGCGGCGACAAGGAAACGAGACUUGGAUAGAAGCAUCACCCGACUUGAAAGAGCAGUCUUGAACCCUUCUAUCGUUUAUUUAUUAUUAUUUGUGCUCCAAUUUGAACACACUCCCCAGCAGCUGCACCGGGGACUCUUGAUUCUCAUGAUGAGCACAACUACACUUGCUCUAAAGAGCUAGGGCGACGUGUGAGCCCCCAAAUCAUAUGUCGAUGGAACAAAGAAGUACAAGAAACUACGCUGCAGGAGGAGCCUGAGGUCAGUGUGGUGUUGCUCGCUCCUUUCUCACUACCUGUUAAGUCCACCGUCUUCACUGGACUUUCUGCCUUUCACCUUUGGAACAAACACGACUGUUAAAUCACGUUGAACUCUCAUCGCAUUUCCUUUUUUUUUUUUUUUAAAUAGUUGCUUCCACAGAAACCCGCUCUCAACUGCCAACUUGCAAAGGAGGGAAGCUCACACCCCUCAUUGUAAGGCAUCAGAGGUCCUAGCAGGACAGCAAGUAACAGUUAUUUACAGUUUGAAUUAGUAACAACGUAUUUUUAUACCAACGGGGAAAGCACCAACACUUUUAUUGUAUUUUUUUCAUUUUGUAAACAAAUACUUCAACGUUUUUAAAGCUGACUCUUAUUUGGAACAAACAGGUGCAUCUCAAUAAAUUAGGAUAUGUUUGAAAAGUUGAAAACUCUUACAUUCCAUAGAUGGACGACACACAGAGUGAAAUUGUUCAAGGAUCUAUUUCUUCAUUCUUCAUCGUUUUAGUGACUAUACCCCACAGCUAUGACUGUGCGCCUGUGCCAUGGGGCGUUCAGGUGCACUCGUAAUCGUGAGUGUUACGCGCUAUUUGUUUUUCAUUUUUAUUCACUUACCCCCUAUGACAAUUGGCGUACCCCACUUUGGGAACCUAGGCCCUACAACUAAUAAAAUGCCCAAAUUGCCAAAAAGUUCAAUAUUGCAAGCGACUGGUUCGCACGCUAAUCACGCUAAAAUGAACUGCAAAGCCUUCCCCAGUCUUGAACUUUAACUGUCUGAAAUCAAAUAACGUUUCCAGCGUAUUCUAAUCUAUUGACAUGCACCUGUAUUUGUUCUAUUUGUCAGUGCUUGACUAACACGGUAGCUUUGCAGAUCAGACACAGACUGAAGAAGAUUGCAACCUCCUCGACUGCUCCACUAGUUUCUUUAGUUGUGACGAUUAAGCUGCAUUAUCACACGAUGCCCUUGAAACACAUUUUGGGAAAAACAAAGUGCAGGUUAACAGCUUCCCUAGCUUGAAGACCACAUAGCUGUGUGUAAAUAAGUCAACUUUUUGCUUUGGAACGCAUCAUUGUAUGUGUCUCGCUCAUUUCAGCGGAGUCAGGAAUACAAAGCGGGGCAGGCCGACACCAAUAGAAGUCAUCCUUUUGCCCCUAGAGAUAAUUUAGAGAACACAUCUGCCCGCUGAGGCUCGUGACCGUGGUGUCUUUGUGUGUCUUCAGCCUAGUUCAGACACUAAAAGUUGUGUCACUGGGUUUUUCAUAGAUGCGCAUUAAACAGUGUUUGCCAAUCAUUCUUAAACUGAAGUAGUUUUUAGGGGGAAAACAAGUGUUUAAGGUGAAUUAAAGAUCAGGUGAAAACAAACAGCAAGUGUUACUGCAGUGAUGUUGUUGUUAGAUUUAAUAACCGCUUCAGUUGUGUUCCUCUGUCACGUCACACGACGGUACCUUCUUUAUGAGAAUAAGUCCAAUUUGGAAUACUUUUAAACCACAAUAACUAAGGUGUUUUAGAAGACUAAACAAGCGCACUUUGAUGAAAGCUUGUGGGCUUUUUUUUUUUUUUUUGCCUAAGUAGUCUUUGAAUAACCUGUCUCGACUCAGCCAGCCUUUCAAACUGCCUCACACUGUAUAGUCAAUGAAACAACUGCUCACUCUCAUAGCAACUUUGACGUGUGUCUUUGGACCAUAUACUAAAAACUAUGUUGGUGGCUUUGUUUUUAUUUUUUCAGUUUUUACAAUAAAUAUUUCAACUUGUCAAUACACAA